AUGAACCUGUCUACUAGUACCCAAAAGAUGCCUAGACCUACAGCUAGGGACACUCCUAGAUUUGAUGGUGAUAAGUCAGAAACUAUAAGGCAUUUCUUGUUGCAGAUGGAGGACUUGUUCUCUGAUUAUAGCAUCACAAACAAUGCUGAGAAAAAGAAACAAUUAGUUCAUUAUGCAGAUGCUGAUACUAAGAAAGAAUGGAAGUCAUUAGAUGAAUAUGGCACUGGCAGGCACCUUUGCUAA